GACAGUGGCUGUAUGUACCGACUCCUUGUCCAACUUCUAGAUGCCAACCAGACGGUCCUGGAUAAAUUCUCUGCUAUGCCUGUUCCCAUCCAGCAGUGGAACAACAAUGUCUGCUUUCAGGUCACCCACGUGUUCUCUGACAUCAAGAUAGGCGUCCGCUUUGUGUCCUUCGAACAUUGGGGCCAGGACACGCAGUUCUGGGCGGGUCACUAUGGAGCUCGUGUGACCAACUCCAGCGUGGUCGUGCGGGCCCGUCUGUCUUAGUCGAGCGCUAUCCUUGCAAAACAACCUGACCUAUGCCUUCCAGAACCUGGGACCGUUGGCCAGGCCUUCUCAUGAACCAAGGACAUGUACCUCCUGGCAUCCCUGGAUACUCCAGAAUCCAUUCGAGGGUCCUGCUGGGCCCCCUCUUCAGGUUCUGGAAACUACUAGAAGGAAGAAAGUUCCUCCAUCACAUCUACCUACUGCUGUUGUAGGGCAGGGGGGAUGACACAGGUGAGCACCCAGGAAUGCUGGUCCUGGAGAGGGCUCUUCACCCUCACCCCGGAGGUCCUCUGAUUCAACCCCAACCCCCCUCUACCCUUGUCUCCUCUUGUUUCUGCUUUGGGGGUUUCAUUGGUCCCUUUUGGGCACCCCCCUCAUCUCUGAAGUAGAAUCUUGUCCUUGUGGCUGGGAAGAUUCCAGCCACCUUGGGUGGCAAACUUCACCUCCUGAAGCUUCGGGGUUGGGACCAGAUCUCGCAGUUGAAAGUCAACUAGCUCAAAAAACGUUUGGAGAUCCUCAAGGACCCCUGGGAUUGUGUGGUGUAUAAAAUUAUUUUUUACUUUGAAACGUUUCGCGAAUGCUGGGAGAAUAAUAUAUCCGCAACGGCUACCUGC